AUGUGGGCGAUCAAUCCCAGGUCUCUCUUGACCAGCUUGGGUCUUACCACUCUUGUGUCAGCUUGGGCAUCCCCAGGGUACUCAGGCUUUGGCUUGCAAUGGGAGUCACAGUUCGCUGGUGCGGCUGGUUCGCCUCCGUCAUCCGAUAACUGGAACAUCAUCACCGGCUACCUGGGUGUCAACGCUGAGUGGGAGAAGUACACUGCGUCCUCGGCAAACGUGCAGUGCUCCGGUGGCCAGACUUUACAACUGGUCCCUUGGAGGGACUCGUCCACCACAUACGGUUGGACGUCGGGCAGGAUCGAAAGCAAGUACACCUUCACGCCGAAGGCGGGAGCCAUCACCCGUGCAGAGGCUCAAAUCAGGUUCGGCACGAACGCUAUUGCCAACAAGCAGGGCAUCUGGCCAGCCUUCUGGAUCCUGGGCCAGUCGCUGCGCGAGGGCGGGAGCUGGCCCGCCUGUGGUGAGCUUGACAUCAUGGAGACCGUCAACGGCAUCCUCAGGGGCUACGGCACAGCGCACUGUGGCACCUACCCAGGAGGUGUGUGUAACGAAGGAACCGGGAUUGGAAACUCCAUUGCCAUUCCUGACCAGGGCUGGCAUACUUGGAGGAUCGAAUGGGACCGCAGGUCUAACAAUUGGGCAACUGAGACUAUCACUUGGUACAUGGAUGGCCAACAGUUUCAUCAGCUCAGCGGUAGUCAGUUAACGCAAGACAUCUGGAAUGCGCUGGCUCAUUCAAACCUAUAUUUCAUCUUGAACGUUGCAGUUGGUGGCACAUGGCCUGGGUAUCCCAACUCAGCCACUUUGGAUGGUUAUGGCUCGAUGAUGGAAGUUGGUUACGUCGCGCAUUAUGUCACAUAG